UGUAAUUCCGUUCUUGUGCAAAUAGCUUGUCCAAACAGCGACAAAGUGACAGUGUAGAGACGGUGCAGCCCGCCCUGCCCUCCAUUCCUCGUCACUGAAAAACCCUUCCUCAUAAAAAAACACUUCCUCACACCGCACGGAUCCUCCUGCUGCCGCUGCUGCUACUGCGCUGCUGUGGGCAGAUGAAAACCGAACAGUGCCCGGCCCACAUGCGACAUCAACUCCUAUCCUACUGAUUUUCGGUGCCGUAAUCAACCCAAACCCGGAUCCGCUUCUCCUGCGGGGAGAGAAAAGCAAAGCUUCAGAUCAGCAGAUAAUGAGAGAGGCGCGGCGGGGUCGCAGGAUACACGGACUGAAGCGGAGGGACUGUUUUUCCCGGAGUUUUUCAGAGCUCGGGAGGAAGCCACGGGGUCAUCAUGAGGAGAGCUAAAGUUGGUGAAAAGGAGAAAAGAGAUGGUUAAGCUUUCAGCCCACGCAUCUGCUGAACAGCUCCUCACCGCGACUUCCUACCAGACACACACUCCCAUUCCCAGCCGUAGUCUUGGAUGCUGUGUAUGAGCCCCCGCCUCUCUCUCCUACAGACUGGCUGCUCCUGAAGUGGAGGUGCAGCUGUACCUGGAAGAGGUGAAUUCCUAGAGGGCUCCGGACAUGCCGCUUCCCAAGGGAUUACUGCUCUGUCUGGGCAUUCUGCUGAUGACUGCUGGGGGGGUCAUAGUCCUGGUCGUGGGCCUGCCCUAUAACUCUGCCCCCCUGUUUGGAGUCGGGUUGUUCCUGGGCCUGGGGGGCAUGGGCCUGCUGGUCAGUGGACUCUGCAUGGCCAUGAAGAAUCUGCAGGCGGCGGUGCCCGGACACUUCCUACUGCGUCCUCGCACGGGAACUCGCUUCAGCCCACAGCAGGCCCUGGCCAUACAAAGGAGGUUGGACCGAAUUCGUCGGGAGAUGUCGACGGAUUCUGUCAGCCAGAGACCGGAGCCUGAAGCCUCCCUCCCAUCCACCCCGCCGCCCUGGACUAUGGAGCCGCCUCCGUCCUACGACACGGUGAUGAAAAGCCAGGAGGACAACGAGCAGAUUUAACCUCUGGCGGACAUCUUUACUUCGUGUCAGUGCCUUUUAUCUUCGAUUCUCAGAGGGAACCUUUAACGAACAGUCGGUGCUAUUGGCGAUAUAUUGGUGGCGUAUGCGCUGCAGUGGGGCCUCUUGUGUGCCUUAGGAGAGCCAUGCCGAUCCAAAACACGAGCCAAGGAGCAAGAAGAGACUGCAGCUGGUUAAAGACUUACACACUGAGCCCCAGUGUCGCCACCGUGUGUGUGUGUUGUGAUUGAUUUUAAACGGAAUUGAAAUGAUCACUGCAACUGCUUCACUCUACAUUAAGGGGCCUUUCUCGAGACCAGCAACAUGUAACUUUUACAACAAACUUAUGGGAAUCGUGUCAGCAGAUUGGCUGCGGGGCUCCUGUAGACACAUAAUUAGGAUACUUUAUUGGCCUGCUUGAAUUUAUGUGACCUACUACUGUGGAUGCAUAGCACUCUUCUUCAAACACAAUAAAAACUUUCCUCAAGGCUUCUCUUUGGAUCUUCGCUCUUUGCCGUCGUGACUUUGCACAAGAUUAAUUGACGGCUCACUCCGAUGCAAAGUGCCUUUAGCAGUGACAGCAGAAUGUAAACAGUACAGUGUUAUUCAUCUUUCAGCUUUGUAUCCAGUGUUUGCAGAGUGUCCACUGUUCAUUCUGUGUUGUGA